AUGGUCCGCGUUGGCUUACAAAUCUCAGCUACUCUCGAAAAUAUAGAAAAAUUAGAAACGCAUUCCGAUUAUGCGUUUUUCUUAAAGCUAACCUGCAGCAAUUGCGGCGAAACAUCGGAGAAAUGGCAUGAUAUCACCGAAUCGGAGCGUGUGCAGCAGGAUUCUCGCAAUGCGGCGGGCUUUAAUUUCUAUAUGAAAUGCAAAAUGUGCGCACGGGAAAAUAGCAUUGAUGUUGUGGAAAAGUCGAACGUGCCGUACACAGCUGAAGAUGCGGGCAAAUUCAAAACAAUUGUGGUUUUCGAUUGCCGCGGCGUGGAACCUGUCGAAUUUUCACCCCGAUCGGGCUGGAAAGUGCUUUCCUCGGAAAAUGGUCAAGCGUUUGAGGAUGUGGAUCUAUCCGAAGACGAUUGGGUGGAGUACGAUCAGAAAAACAACAACUCGGUGGGCGUUUACGAAUUUGCGUCUAAAUUCUUAAAACUCAAAAAGUAAAAUCCAAUUUUAGAUUUUCUUUUUCACGUUAAACUCGUCUGCCAAUAAAGCAUUUGUUAAGAAAUAGAAAA